AUGGGGCUGGAAGUGCCGCCCCUCGCCGCCCCCCAGACCAUGCUCUUCAAGCUGAGGAAAGUUCGCAAGCGGCGAGAGAUGCUGCUGCCGCAGCUGGGCUUCAUCUGCGCCAUCCUCUUCUUCGUGUGGUGCAUGUCCAGCCUGCUCUCCAAACUAGGACAAGAAUCUGCUAUUACAGACAAAAAUGUUUUGUCAGAAAUAUGGAGGAAUAGAAGAUUGAUGGCCUCACAUAAUGUGACACAUGAAGAAAAGAACUGUACAGAGCCAGCAAUUAAAGAAUUUCCUGAAGAUGUAUUUACAAAUAAGGAUCGGCAGGAGGGAGCAGUGCUGUUUCAUAUUAUUGGUGCUCUUUAUAUGUUCUAUGCCUUGGCUAUAGUAUGUGAUGACUUCUUUGUUCCCUCGUUAGAGAAAAUUUGUAAGAAAUUACACUUGAGUGAAGAUGUUGCUGGAGCCACUUUCAUGGCUGCAGGAAGCUCGACCCCAGAGUUAUUUGCAUCUGUAAUAGGUGUAUUUAUCACUCAUGGUGAUGUAGGAGUUGGGACCAUUGUUGGGUCAGCAGUUUUCAACAUCCUUUGCAUUAUUGGCGUCUGUGGGAUAUUUGCAGGACAGGUGGUUCGUCUCACCUGGUGGUCUGUGUUUAGGGACUCAGUGUACUACACGCUUUCUGUGAUCCUUCUUAUCAUUUUCAUAUAUGAUGAGCAAAUAGUAUGGUGGGAGAGCCUUAUACUCAUCGUUAUGUAUUUCUUCUACAUACUUAUCAUGAAGUACAAUGUGAAGAUGCAAAAGUUGUUUACCAUCAAAAGCAUGAACGUUGGGAAUGGCAACACAGUCAGCAAUGAGCUGGAAGAUGGUAAUGAAUGUUAUGACAUAAGCUAUGAUGACCCAUCCAUGCCAUUGCUAUGGAAAGUGAAGGGAAAGCAGCAAUAUGGCAAAAACCCAGUGGUGAUGGUGGAUGAGAUCAUCUGCUCCAGUCCCCCGAAAUUCCGCUUCCCUGAAGCUGGCUUACGAAUAAUGAUUACAAAUAAAUUUGGACCCAGAACCAGACUGCGGAUGGCAAGCAGGCUCAUUAUUAACGAGCGUCAGCGACUGAUCCACUCUGCCAAUGGCACGAGCAAAACGCUUCAAAAUGGGAAACAUGAAAAUAUUGAAAAUGGGAACAUCAUUGUGGAAAAUCAAGAGGAGGAGAAUGAACAUGAAAACGCGUCUCCCUUUUCAGCACCAGAUGGAAAAAUGAACAAAGUCAAAUGGAUUUUCACGUGGCCAUUGCUAUUCCUGCUCUUUUGUACCAUUCCAAACUGCAGCAAACCACGUUGGGAGAACUUCUUUAUGCUGACAUUCAUUUUAUCCACUUUGUGGAUUGCUUUGUUCUCCUAUUUUAUGGUGUGGAUGGUUACUAUAAUUGGAUACACUCUGGGGAUCCCUGAUGUUAUCAUGGGCAUUACUUUCCUAGCUGCAGGAACGAGUGUACCAGACUGCAUGGCCAGCUUAAUCGUAGCAAGACAAGGUCUUGGUGAUAUGGCAGUAUCCAAUACAAUAGGGAGCAACGUAUUUGACAUUUUAGUAGGCCUUGGAGUACCAUGGGGCAUGCAAACUAUGUUGAUUGAUUAUGGAUCAGUGGUUAAGAUAAAUAGCAAGGGACUGGUCUAUUCGGUUGUGCUUCUGCUGGGGUCUGUAGCUCUUACUGUGGGUGGAAUCCAUGUAAAUAAAUGGAAACUUGACAAGAAACUAGGCUUCUACGUGCUGUUUCUUUAUGCCAUUUUCCUGUGUUUCUCUGUAUUGAUAGAGUUUAAUGUCUUCACCUUUGUCAACUUUCCAAUGUGCCGAGAAGAUCUUUAA